AUGAAUAACGCAUUGGAUCCGGCAAAGGCACCACAAUUUCUUGAUAUGAUGUUGCGCCGCAAUAAAAUGGUAAUGGUGUCCGCCACGUAUUGUCAGUUCUGCACAAAACUGAAGAUGUUACUGAUUGAACUCAAACACCGUUUCGUUUCACUUGAAAUUGAUAUUAUUCCCAACGGUCGUGAAGUGUUUGCAGAAGUGGUGGGACGCACGGGUGUACAUACGGUGCCUCAAGUUUUUCUUAAUGGGAAGUAUUUUGGCGGUUAUGAUGAACUUGUUGCAAUGUACCGGGCAGGGCACCUUUCAGCCGAAAUUGAAAGGGGCUGA